AUGCAAGAAGAUUAUUCUUCGCCUCCGAACAAUAGCAGCAGCAGCAGCAGCAGUGGUUCCUUUUUGUAUACUGGCUCCUCUACAAGUGCUGCUGAUACUAUUGACGCAAGGCACAUCAUUGUCGAUCAAACAGUCAGUCGAAUCGGAUAUUCCGCCUUUCACUCAUGGGAAUCAGUAGUGGCGGUCUACUUGCCCCAAGGCCUUCGAUCGAUUGGGGCUCGUUCCUUUGAAGAAUGUACAUGCUUGGCCACCAUCAACAUUCCCGGAAGUGUUUUACUGAUUGGAAUCAGCGCCUUUGAAGGAUGCAUCCGGUUAAUGACCGUGGGUCUCGCACAGGGAAUUGCCGAGAUUGGACCCCAUGCCUUUGCCGAGUGCCGAUCUCUAAAGCAAAUUGAGAUACCAUCUUCCGUUGAAAAGAUUGGAAACUCGGCGUUUGAGCACUGCGUCUCGUUGAAAGAAAUUGGAUUGGCAGAUACCUGCACCGCCUUGCCCUACAAUGUUUUCAAGGAUUGCCUACGUCUGCAAGAAACUUUUCUUCCACCAACAACCGACUCGAUUGGGAGUGGUGCCUACAUGAAUUGCGAACGAAUUGUAUUCCUCAAUCUUCCACCAGGUCUAGAGCAUAUAUUUUGCUAUUGCUUUGUGAGUUGUACGGCCUUGAAGAACAUUCACAUUCCAUCUUCGGUCAAGGUCAUUGACUACGAAGCCUUUCGUGGAUGUACAAGUCUGCUGUCUGUCGAGAUUCCAGCCAAGGUGGAGAGCAUUGGCGAUGGAGCCUUUCUUUCCUGUCGAUCUUUGUGUCACGUGGCGCUUUCUCCCGAAAUGGAUACUUCGGUAUUCGACGACGGGGUCUUUGAAAACUGUGACAAGCUUAUCGAAAUGUUCCCAGGUGGCAUUGUGAAAGGACUAAAAGAGAGAUUCGCUGGCCUUCCUGUGCAUCAGUUAUGUUGCAAUCAGUCUUUUUGCCAAUAUCAGAGAGAAAAGACUACAAGUACUCUGGAAAACUUGAACCAAGUCAUGAUGGAUGCAGGCAAAAAAGAGACUUUUCAUGCAACUGACCAAUUCGGAAUGAAUCCAUUUCAUAUUUUGGCCUUGGCAUCCGAGCUUAAUACCAUCAUAUUUCAAGAGCUCUUGAAACGAUACCCAAUCCGUUGUCUUUCUCAACCGGACCAAUGGGGAAUGAGUCCCAUUUAUUUUUUGAGUCUACAUGCCUCUUCCAAUGCUACCACACUGCUUCACAUGGCACUGCAAGAAACCAUUCCAAAACGAUUGCAAGACUUGGGGCUGCUCCUCUGGAGGCAAGAUGUCGAUCAUUAUCUCCAAGCCAUUCAGCUUAACAAUCCUACCUAUCGGGUGCGUCAGAUUGGAAAACUCUUUCACAAAUUGGUACAAUACGAACGUGUCGAGGCGCUUUCUUUAUUGGAAGAGGCGUUGUGGAGGAUGAAAUUGCAGGAUGGCAAAAACAACAUUUUGGAAGACGACGGGGUGGCCAAUUAUCUUGUUGCUGCUUCUGUGGAUGCUUUUGAAGCCCACCGGGACAACUGCCGCAUUAGUUGCGGUUCCGAUAUUGUGAUAUCCAACGUCCUACCCUUUUUGCAGUCCAUCAACCCCGGCGACUACGCAUGGUCGGUAUAA